GAAGCGAGGCGGCCCGCCCCUCACCGAUCGAGGCCCAGGUCUCACGCUCGCCGCUCACCAGCCUGCCCGGCGCCCCGCCCCCGCCUCCUCGCACGGCAGCUCGGCUGAUGCCGCCGUGACUCAGCGCUUCUCGCGGGCCGCCCGGCCGCGGCGGCGGCUCGGCGCGGGCUCCUCCCGCCUCGCCACCCCCUCUCGCCACCCACGCCCGCCCCCGGCCGAGGGGCCUUCCGUCGCGCGGCCGCCGCCCGCCGCACUCCGCGUCCGCCCCGCCACCGUGCCAGCCAUGGAGCCCGGAGCCCCCCGCCGCCGACACACCCACCAGCGCGGCUACCUGCUGACUCGGGACCCGCAUCUCAACAAGGACCUGGCUUUUACUCUGGAAGAGAGACAACAGCUGAACAUUCAUGGAUUAUUGCCACCCUGCAUCGUCAGCCAGGAGCUCCAGGUCCUUAGAGUAAUUAAGAAUUUCGAGCGUCUGAACUCUGACUUCGACAGGUAUCUUCUGUUAAUGGAUCUGCAAGAUAGAAAUGAGAAGCUCUUUUAUAGUGUACUUAUGUCUAAUGUUGAAAAGUUCAUGCCUAUUGUUUACACUCCCACCGUGGGUCUCGCAUGCCAGCAAUACAGUUUGGCAUUCCGGAAGCCAAGAGGCCUCUUUAUUAGUAUCCACGACAAAGGACAUAUUGCUUCAGUUCUUAAUGCAUGGCCAGAAGACGUUGUCAAGGCUAUUGUGGUAACUGACGGAGAGCGUAUCCUCGGCUUGGGAGACCUUGGCUGUAAUGGGAUGGGCAUCCCUGUGGGGAAACUCGCCCUGUACACAGCAUGUGGAGGGGUGAAUCCACAGCAGUGUUUACCCAUCACUUUGGACGUGGGAACAGAAAAUACGGAGUUACUUAAAGAUCCGUUGUACAUUGGACUGCGGCAUAGGCGAGUGAGAGGUCCUGAAUACGAUGCCUUUUUGGAUGAAUUCAUGGAGGCCGCUUCUUCCAAAUAUGGCAUGAAUUGUCUUAUUCAGUUUGAAGAUUUUGCCAAUCUGAAUGCAUUUCGUCUCCUGAACAAGUAUCGAAACAAGUAUUGCACAUUUAACGAUGACAUUCAAGGAACAGCGUCUGUCGCGGUUGCGGGUCUUCUUGCAGCUCUUCGAAUAACCAAGAACAAGCUCUCUGAUCAGACAGUGCUGUUCCAGGGAGCUGGAGAGGCUGCCUUGGGGAUUGCUCACCUGAUUGUUAUGGCCAUGGAGAAGGAAGGUUUAUCAAAGGAGAAUGCUAGAAAAAAGAUAUGGUUGGUUGACUCAAAAGGAUUAAUAGUUAAGGGGCGUGCUUCUCUCACAGAAGAGAAAGAGGUGUUUGCCCAGGAACAUGAGGAAAUGAAGAACCUAGAAGCCAUUGUUCAAAAGAUAAAACCAACUGCCCUUAUAGGCGUUGCUGCAAUUGGUGGUGCUUUCACAGAACAAAUCCUCAAGGACAUGGCUGCCUUCAAUGAGCGGCCCAUCAUCUUUGCUUUGAGUAAUCCGACCAGCAAGGCCGAGUGUUCUGCAGAGCAGUGCUAUAAAGUGACCAAGGGACGUGCCAUCUUUGCCAGCGGCAGUCCUUUUGAUCCAGUCACUCUCCCAGAUGGACGGACUCUGUAUCCUGGCCAAGGCAACAAUUCCUACGUGUUUCCUGGAGUUGCUCUUGGGGUGGUGGCCUGUGGACUGAGACACAUCGAUGAUAAGGUCUUCCUCACCACCGCUGAGGUUAUAUCUCAGCAAGUGUCAGAUAAACACCUACAAGAAGGCCGGCUCUAUCCCCCUUUGAAUACCAUUCGAGACGUUUCCUUGAAAAUAGCAGUAAAGAUUGUGCAAGAUGCAUACAAAGAAAAGAUGGCCACUGUUUAUCCUGAACCCCAAAACAAAGAAGAAUUUGUCUCCUCCCAGAUGUACAGCACUAAUUAUGACCAGAUCCUACCUGAUUGUUAUUCGUGGCCUGAAGAAGUCCAGAAAAUACAGACCAAAGUCAAUCAGUAACACAGCAGCUAGGAUUUUUAACUUUAUUAAUAAGAUCUUGACGUUUUCAUGAUUUUUAAGGGUCAGAAUCUUUUAUGAUGAUUCAUAGUGUGCUUAGAAUAAGGUGACUUUAGUUUAAUAACAAGCUCACAGGAGUAUAUUAGGAUAAAUUAGGAUAAACUUCACACUAGCCAGUUUUGUUUCACUUACUGUGGAUAUUUAUGUUUUCUCUUGUGAUUAUUCUCUUUAAGAAUUCUGUUUAAAAGCUACUGUACCUGCUGCUGAGAAAUUCCUCACUGAUAUGUAGGAAGCUAAUGGAAGACCCACAUUAGUAAUAAAUUAAUAUAGCAUAACUUGAUUACAUUAAAUGCCUACAGUUCUUUCUUGACUAUUUUGUUAAAAUCUCUUAAACAGUAAAGAUAAACACAAACUUAGGCACAGCUGACCUUUUACCAAACAGAAGCACUAUUUUGUUGCCUAGAGAAAAAUUUUCUCAGGACUGUUAUUCCAGGCAGGCCUCCGUUAGCUUUGUUCUUUUUGAACACCUGAACUCUUAACACCUUCGAGAAAGCUCACUGCUGUUUACAGUACCGUGCACAGCCUUAGAUCAUCAGUCUUCUGUCAUUGUUACGUCCCAUAGAGUAAAGCUCUCAUUGCCCUGGUCUUGAGUCCCAAACACUCCAUAGAAACACCCAUUCUCAUUGCUUAGCAGCCCCUGGCCCCGCCCCCCCCCCCGGCCCCCUGCCGAGACACUGGGCUGUUUUGUUUUGUUUUUUUCCUGGUGUAGCCUGGGCAGUGAGAAAAGCUGCAAGGAGGGUCCUUGAGAAGGGCCCCUGAGGACCCACCUCUGAGACAAGGGUGUCAGAUGCAAGACCAUGGUUCCCAGACAAGCUGGGUCUAUGAGGGUCACUUGUCCUAAUGUCCCUGUGUUUAGUAGUUCAGAUGCCUGAGAGCUCAUGGCAUGAAUAAAUACAUCUCCAAUGCCUACCUUUCUAUCAGAUAGUAAAAUAUGUUAAUCACCAAAACCAUUCUGUGAGAAAAAAACAAGCCUUUCCCAGGUGAUCUUAAUUCGCUGGACGAGUUGAUAAUGGCAUGACUAGAACCAGCCUUAAUUCAUUCUGUAGCUCUAGAGACACUUGGAUCUUGAGUUGCUUUAAAGCCUGUGUGGGUUUACAAUGGGCAACUCUGUAAAGUGAUCUCCUCGAAGGUGAAGGUGUGAGUUAAAAGGGUGCAGACUUCCUAAUGACAGCUUUUGACUAACGGUUUCUUCAGUAUAGUUAUUUGGGAAAGAUUCAGAAUUUCUAUCUAUUCUUGUCUGUUUCCAUGUUGUCAGGUAGUUGUAAAUGAAUGUAUUUACCUAUGCAAAAGAUUUAUUAAAGCCUAGAGAAUAU